GGCAAAAAAAAGGAGGAAAAGAAAGUUAAAUAACGAUCUGUAUCGCUCCAUAGAAAGGACGCUGAGAGUUUUCUUGUCAAAGGCUGUGCCGUUAAAAAUCUGAAAUAAUUUACAAGAUUAUUUUUGAAGUGCUGCUUUGAUUUUUACGGUUGGGAUUUUUUUACUGUUAUGCCUGCAGGACUGUACUGCAACUUGAAGUUAAGCACGUCAAUGCUUUGUUGUUGUGGUUUUUUAAAAUGUUGAAGAAGGUAGUAAAGCAGUACAUCUGCCUUGUAGUUAGCGUACUUGUUAUCUAAAACGUUGAGUUGUUAAAGUACCCGUGAUUCCUCUUUUUUUUUUUUUCAGAUAUUAGCAGGUACUUUGAAAUUGGUGAAAAUCAGUUGAUAAACGGUCAUCUGAUUAAAAGCCAGAGAAUUAACAGGACGCUCGAGCACACAAAAGUGUAUACAUAUAUAUAUAUUAUAUAUUAGUAAAACUAUGUACUGAAUUUCUAGUCUAACACUUGAGGUAGACUGUUUGAUUUUUCAUUUACAUGCCAAGCAAUUAAUUACGGAAGUAACUCAGGGCAAAAGAUUUCCUUUUGUUUAUGUUCAGAGUUAUAAUGCUAAAAUUUAGCAGCUGCGCAGAUUAAUCUUUUGUUUACAUGGACCACAAAUGGAAGAAAAAUAUCUCUUUUCUUGAUUUCUAGGCUGUUGUUUUUUUUUUUUUGAUAUCGAGUACUUUUUCACCUCCCGAGUUACCCAAAAUGUACAUUUUGCCAGACAUUCUUUAGUCAAGCUAAGGAAACCAGCAUGUUAACAAGGUUAAAAUAUGGCUCGAUGAAAAAACAAAAUCCCGUAUAUCGUUACUUCUAGCUUGUAAAGCUUUGGUGCAAGGAAAGACUUUCGUGUAUCUGUUUUCUCAGACAACAUAAUGCUUUCAGCAGUGCUAUUCUGGACUUUAGUGGUUGUUAUUUUGAUUACCACAGCUCAGGUCUGUGUUAAGAACACGGGGCCGGGGGGGGUGGCUUGAUCCCUGAAGUGCUGGUCAACUAAUUCGCAGUUUCUUUGUGUGUGUGCACGGAACUGAACCUCGGGAGAGAAUAAUGGAGAAACUACCGCUGAAUAACUUUCUUUAGGGAAUUUUGACGUUGGAGCAUUUGCUUGUACUGUUUUAUUCCAGCUGCUGCUUUCUAGUAGGCAUGGGAACGAGUACGCAGUGGUUUUCUCCACCAUUAUCUGUCACUUCACUCCUGUUUUUCCCUGAGCUAUUCUAUUUGUCUUGGCAAGUCUUGGUUCUAAGGUGAAGUUUUUAAAUUUUGUGACUCGAUCUUUCAGUGCUCCACGUCUUAAAACAUUCGUGCUGUCUGUGUGCUGCAUGACAUUCAGCUGAAGUUUUCUUGGUUUCAGUUUUGUACUUUUCACAUUUUUGCAGUCUCCACGUGUAUUUCUGGCUUUUUGACCCAAGUCUGCAUUUUGAUUUCUUCACAUUUUCUUCGAAGAAAGACUUCUCCUCCCAUGGCAAGAUGUUUCCUCCCCCUCCCCCCUUUCCACCCCGGCUCCUUUCUCCACACAUCGAUGUAGGUGGGAGAAUGUCAUGCUGGCUUGGUUGCUGGUGGGGGAGCUGGGGUUUGAGGGGUUUUUUUCUCUCCAAGGCGCUGAUCUUGCGCUUUCGUAGAAUCGUGUUGUUUUUGCAUGAAGGGCUUGAUUGUGCAACCCUGGUUUACACAGUGGUCGUCCUGAAAUCAGCAGUCAUAGUUUUGUCCUCAGUCCAAUAUCGCUUACAUUGACGCAUGUAAGUAGUUUCACUCUUGAUAAUAUUUUUAAGUGGAGAAAAAUGCAUUUUUUUGGACCAUAUAAUAUUUAAAAAGAAGGAAAAAAUAGGCACAAUGUUCACACAGUGACUUUAACAAAACCAGAAAGGGUCGACCCAUCAGACUCCUGACUGCCAGCAUUGCUAUAUGGGGACAGCCCUGUGGGAAGGCAGGGUUUAGUGUUCUUUUCUGGCCUGCUGGAAAGGACUGUUACUAAUACACUGUGCCGGAAAAUCGGUUUCUGUUAGCCCCAAAACACAUCUAAUCUCUUAAAAUCCUGUUUACCAUAUUAAAUUCUUGCAGCACACUUUAUGUAGUUAUUACUUUAAUAUUCCAGGAGGAAUUAACAUACAUAUUUCAAUUCUGAAAUUUAUGUGAGUUUUGCCAGUCUUAGAAAAGCUCAGCUUUGUUGGGCAAAACAGGUUGUCAGACUAGGAGAUGACAUGGGGUAAAGCUAGUGGUCUUACUGAUAAAGACAAUCUAAAAAAGAAAACUUAGUGUGCACAACUAUUUGUAAAAGAAUCUCAUCAGCAGCCUAUGAAUAAACUGCCAGUUAGAAGGAAUUAAUGUUAUGGAUGCUAGGAAGUUUAAAACGUUCAGCAAGCCAUUAUUUUUGUGAUCUGUUGACCACAGCACAGGAGUGAUCUCGACCCCCCAUGAUACACUAUGGUUGGUAUUUAAUCUGGGAAUUACUGAAUGGGUACCCAGAGGUCAUGGCAUCUGAGACUCUUCAGUGCAGGGAGUAGGGACUGAAGACAACUCUUAAAUAAGUUGAAUGGGAAUGAUUAACAUGGGCCUGUACACUGUAUCAGUUGCACUACAGCUGGUUCAACCUUUACUACAUUGCAGAAUAAGACCUGCACAACACACACAAUGCUGUGAGCUUAGGGAGUCAUUAUAGUUCUUAGGCUGGUAUCUGUAGUGUAACAUUUUAAGGGGCACUACCCAUGGGCCAAUUAACCAAUCAAAGCCAUUUUUUGUUAAAUCUUUUAACUACAGUUUUUAUCUAAGUACCAGGUGAAAAAGAAAGCUGCUUUCUUAUCCACCUGCAACCUUUUACCUGUUUCCCUUCCUUGGCAAUGUCAUUGUUUAUUAGGGUUCCCUCAAUCUAAUGCUUAUUCUAACCCAGACAUCUGUUCUAAACUGAGUAACCUCUUGUGUAUUUCAGAACUGUAAAAUGGAGAAACAGGGUAAUAGCUGGAAUAUAAUCUUUUGGGUUUCAUACGUUGCAGAUUGAAGCAUCAUGGACAGAAAAUAGUUUGGACCAUGUGUUUUGCUAGCCUAUCUCUGCAAUUUCGGUUUUAACAAUGGAUAAGUGUAAGCACAUAGGACGUCUGCGGCUGUCCCAAGACCACUCCAUUCUGAAUCCUCAGAAAUGGCAUUGCGUGGACUGCAAUACCACUGAAUCGGUGUGGGCAUGCCUCAGCUGCUCGCACGUGGCGUGUGGAAGAUACAUCGAAGAACAUGCACUAAAGCACUUUCAGGAGAGCAGUCACCCAGUGGCACUGGAAGUAAAUGAGCUGUAUGUUUUCUGUUAUCUCUGCGAUGAUUAUGUUCUUAACGAUAACGCAACUGGUGAUUUAAAACUAUUGCGAAGUACGUUAAGUGCAAUCAAGAGUCAGAACUAUGAGUGCACUACUCGAAGUGGGAGGAUUCUGCGUUCUAUGGGUACAAGUGAUGAUUCUUACCUUUCACAUGGUGGUGCCCAAGCCUGGCUUCGGAAUGAAGACCGCAUGUUCACAGCUCUGUGGCACCGACGGCGUGCGUUACUGGGCAAAAUAUUCAGGUCGUGGCUUGAGUUGACACCUACUGGAAAAAAGAUUUUGGAAGAAGAAAGGCGUCAGGAAGAAGCAGAGGAAAGAAGGGACAAAGCUAGGAGAAGAAGGCAAGAACGAAAGCGUGAGUUGAAAGCAGAGAUGGAAAAGAUGCCUCCAAGAAAGAGCAGUCGUUUACAAAAUCAAAUAGGAAUGUCCUCAAAAACAGCACCCUGCCUGCAAAAAACAUCACAGAACAUGGAAUCUGUGACAGAGUUGAAAGAAACGUAUACCUCAGGUGAAGUAAGACUGAAAAAAGUAAGUGACUCUCCAAUUAAGCGAAGGCCCACAGUGACUCCUGGGGUAACAGGACUGAGAAACCUGGGAAAUACGUGCUAUAUGAAUUCUAUCCUGCAGGUAUUAAGUCAUUUACUUAUUUUUCGGGAGUGCUUUUUAAAGCUUGAUCUCAACCAAACUCAGGAACUGCUGGCAACAGCAACCAGUGGUAAAACCAGAUCUUCAUCUAAACACCUGUCAAAAACUGCCUCAGCUUUACAUGUGAAUCAAGAGAAAGUAAAGGGAUCAUCUUCUGUGAGGCGGCCUAGUUUAUCCUCUGGAUUAAGUGGGGGAGCAUCAAAAAGUAGAAAUAUGGAACUUAUUCAGCCCAGGGAGCCCAGUUCAAAGCAUAUUUCUCUCUGUCAUGAGCUACAUACUCUGUUCCAAGUUAUGUGGUCUGGCAAAUGGGCGCUGGUGUCUCCUUUUGCCAUGCUUCAUUCUGUGUGGAGACUAAUUCCAGCCUUCAGAGGAUAUGCCCAACAAGAUGCUCAGGAAUUUCUCUGUGAACUUUUGGAUAAAGUGCAGCAGGAACUGGAGACUACGGGGACCAGAUACCCAGCUCUCAUCCCCGCUUCUCAAAGAAAACUUAUAAAACAGGUGUUGAAUGUGGUUAACAACAUUUUUCAUGGACAGCUAUUAAGUCAGGUUACAUGUCUUGCCUGUGACAAUAAAUCCAAUACCAUAGAACCUUUCUGGGACCUGUCCCUGGAGUUUCCUGAGAGGUAUCACUGCAACGGCAAGGAGCUGUCAUCUCAGUAUCCGUGUCUGCUGACAGAAAUGCUGGCCAAGUUUACACAAACCGAAGCUUUGGAAGGAAAGAUAUAUGCAUGUGAUCAGUGCAACACAAAACGAAGGAAGUUUUCUUCUAAACCUGUUAUACUCACAGAAGCUCAGAAGCAGCUUAUGGUGUGUCGACUACCUCAGGUUCUCAGAUUACACCUUAAACGGUUCAGGUGGUCAGGACGCAAUCAUCGUGAGAAGAUCGGCGUGCACGUUCACUUUGAUCAAAUGCUGAACAUGGAGCCUUAUUGCUGCAGAGAAUCCCUCAAGUCCCUUCUACCCGACUGCUUCAUCUACGACUUGUCUGCUGUGGUCAUGCACCACGGGAAAGGAUUUGGCUCAGGGCACUACACUGCCUACUGCUACAAUUCAGAAGGAGGAUUUUGGGUACACUGCAAUGACUCAAAACUCAACAUGUGCACUAUGGAAGAAGUAUGCAAGGCUCAAGCUUACAUUUUGUUUUACAGCCAACGACUUACUCAGGCAAACGGACCCGGUAAAAUACCAUGUCCCAGCACAGCUGACAGUCAGCAGCACACAGAAUUAGCUGACUGUUCCAUGGACAACAGUAGCAGCUAAUCCAAAGCCAGUUAACUGUGUGUAUGGUGAAAGUCUGAAUUGUCAUAACUAUAUAUUUUUAAAUGAAAUGAAAGUACAGUAUUGUACUUCUUUACUUUUAAUCUGUGUACAAUGUUUAUGUACUUUUGUAUUAGUUAAAGUACUCUUUACAUUUGUUAGUAAAAGUUUUUAUUGACAGUAAGUGACUUUCUAAGUACCUAGAAUUUCAAUACAGCUAUUUUUUUAAGAAAAAUAUUGCUAUUUGCAUUUAACUCUUACCUCAGGCUGUUUUUUAAGCUGGUUUUGUAUUUUGAUAAUCUUUUUUAAUUGGUUUAGAAAAAUGACUUACAAUGGGCAACUGAUGUUUCAAUGGUUAAUUUUCUAAAUAUGCUUGUGUACAUUUUAUAGUAUAGUUCUAAUGAUAUCAUGAUUCUUACUGUCUGCAGGAAUUGCUACUAAGUCUUAGAAUAUUAACAUUCACCAGCAAGGAAUGUUUUACAUGUCAAACAGUAACUGAACUUUUCGUAGGUAACUUUCUGUGUAUUUUUCAUGACUGAAGUGAAAUUCUUUUGCAAGCUUCAAGGGGAUUACACUAACGAUGCCUUGAUAGAAUUUUGUAAAAUCUGAAAUUGAGGAAUUAGAGCCUGUACUUAUUUCCACGUAAGUAUGUAAGAGGAGAGUUCAAAAGCACAAGAAUGUAUCUUCACCAAGACUUCCAUGUUUUGUCCUUGACAGGCCUGACAUCUCAAGUGCCAAAUUUGGAGUACUAACUUUGACAACCAGGGGCUUUUCAUUCCAAUAACUUAAAAAGCUUUAUUAAAAAAAAAACACCACCACAAACCAACCAAAAGUCAACACAACAAGACCACGGGCACCGAACUGUCAUUGCUGCAGGAAUGUGAGCACCCUCCGUUUUGCAUUGGACAAGCUUACUCUAAAUUGCAGCAAGCGUUGUCUGCUUCAGUGAUCUCUAAUGCAAACCUCUGCAAAGAAGAUGUAUAAUUUGUUAGAAAAGUAUUUUCAAUCUGGCCGGUUUCAUUAGCUACAACUGCUGUACCUUCUCCAUGGUCCUACCACUAGCAUUAACAGAACUGUGCAUUGAGGAGACUCUAACAAGCGGGAAUUAUCAGUUGUUCUCCACAUGCAGUAGUUAAUGCCAAAUAAAUUUUAAUUGAAGUUAUUUUGCAUAAGUCCUAUGCAAAUUGUUACCUCAUCUUCUGCAAAGUUUAUACCUCAAUAAAACGCCUUGAUGUGGACAGAAAA